AUGGAUCCACAUGUUUCGUAUAGGGUCAAGGAGAGAAGAAAGGAUUUUGUGGGGGGAUGGGGUAAGAAAAGAUCUGAUUUGUUGAUGAUUUUCUUUUCAAUUUUGACUUUUUGUCCCAUCUUACCAUGCUUUUUUAAAGUGACUACUAAAUGGUAUACGACUUGUGGUGCUUUCUAGAUAAGCGGCGUGUUCAUUUAUGGUCAAAAAGAGACAAAAGGAGCUCAAGAAAAUAUAUGUCAUCCAUUCACUAAAUUGAUAUUUUAUCCUCUAUUUCCAUAUUUUUAUAUGCGCAUUCGUCGAUCAGAAUACACCAUGGGCCUUUAUUUUUUGUAUGCCACUAGCAUUUUGGUUUGAAAGUGAAUUGGGCACUUUUUAAAUCAAAAUUUAUAUUAUUCAUGAGGUCAAACCUCGAUUUUUGAUAUAAUUUUUGAUUCUUUUGAUAUUUCCGCCUGUUUUUAUUAACGUUUAGCCUUAUUUUUGGCCGCUUUUCAUAAAACUAUGUCUAAUUUGCUAUAUUUUUAGUGCCGUUUCAGCUCUCAGACAUCAGAAUGGACUCCUUUAUCCAGCAAUUAUAUGACCUGGGAGUCUUCAAACUGGGCGAUUUUGUGUUGAAAAGUGGCUACAAGAGUCCGAUCUAUAUUGACUUGCGAGAUCUCAUCAGUUCCAAGAGUCUAAUGGUAAGAAAUUUUAAUUUUUUUUUGUUUUUGGUUUAGGAAUCAGCAAGGAGAAUAUUUUUCUCCAACAAAAAGUGGUGACUUUUUAAAUUUUUACACUUUUUUUUCCAGAAAUCGGCUACAGAACAGCUCUGCGAACUGAUCAAGGAGAAGAAUUUGGAUUAUGAUUACAUUGUUGGGGUACCCUACGCAGCACUUCCAUUGGGAACGGUAUUUUUUUACUAUUUGUUCUUUGAUUUGGUAUUUAGUUGGUCUCAUUUUUCACCGAAAAACCGAUGUUGUUGAAACGAAAGGAAGCCAAGGCGUAUGGGACCAAAAAAUUGAUUGAAGGGAAAUACGAAGCCGGCAAGAAGGCGCUGAUCGUGGAAGAUGUCAUCUCAACUGGAGCCAGCAUCAUGGAAACGGUGGAGACCUUGAGAAAGGAGGGCUUGAUUUGUGAGGAUGUGAUCUGUGUGUUGGACAGGGAAAUGGGAGGAAUUGAGAAACUGGAAAAACAAGGAAUUAAGGCGCAUAGGUGGGUUACGGUCGAUUUUUUUUUGAUUUUAGUACCGAAAAAUUGGAAUAGGAGGUGGAAGAUUGAAUGUAAUUUUAAGAUCAGUAUUUUUUUUGAUCUCUAAGGUUCUUAAAUUACGUUAUGAAGUAGUUUUAUAGUCAAAAAAUUAACAUUAUUUUAUUAGGGUGAACCAAAAAAUUUUUCCGAUUUUAUCUCAAUUUUCAUAAUUUUCAGUGUGUCAAAAGUCGAAAUUAUAUUGGAUUACCUCGUGAAAGUCAAUCGAAUCUCACCGGAAGAGCGCCUCAACAUUGAUGAUGCCCUCAAAAACCCGGUUUUGGCCAAUCCCCCACGCCAAAUUGAUUGGAAAUUGAGCUCUAGACUGGAAAUUCUGAGGAAAAACAAGUUCAACGCAAAAAUUGUGGAAUUAAUGUUGAAAAAACACUCGAAUCUUUGUGUCGCAGUGGACUUGCCAACUUCUAAAGAGGUGUUAGAGACGGUAGAGAAGAUCAAGGAACAUGUGGUGGCAGUGAAAUUACAUGCCGACACAAUCAAUGACUUUGGCCAAGACUUGGUGAAGGAGCUGAAAAAAUUGGCCGAAAAUUCCGAGUUUGUCCUGUUUGAGGAUCGGAAAUUUGCUGAUACUGGAAACACAAAUGAAUUGCAGGUGGGAUUUUUGCAUUUUUUUUAUUUUUGGGAUUUUUUUUUUUUUUUUUUUUUUUUUUUUUUUUUUUUUUUUUUUUAAAAUAGAGAUUUUUCAAAAUUUUUUGUGAAAAUUCAUUUUUUAAAUUUGAUUUUUUUAGCUUGCCAAUGGCUCUCCCGCCAUCUCCGAGUGGGCUCACCUCGUCACAGCCCACGCUGUAGCCGGCAAACCCUCCAUUGAAGCGCUGAGAACUGUUCUUCAAAACCCUUCCACCAAAACUAAUGGAGUACUUUUGGUUGCCCAACUUUCAUGUGAAGGAGCAUUAACUAGCCUCCCUGGUUACACGGAAAGUUCAAUUAAGAUUGCCGAGGAGCUCAGAGAUACGGUUGCCGGAUUUAUCUGCCAGAAAAGGGUGGUUGAAGACGAAUCUUUCUUGUACUGGACACCUGGAGUCAAUUUGAGCGCCAAAUCCGAUGGAAAAGGACAAAAUUGGAGGGGAAUUGAAGAAGUAGGUUGUGGAAUUGGUGGUAGAGAUAGUCAGAAUGGGGAUAAAAAAAUUUUAUUUUAAUUUUUUUUUUUUUUUUUUUUUUUUUAUUUUUUAGCUCAGAUUUUGGUGAAACUUGUAAAAAUUUGAUUGAAAAAUUGCAUUCGGUCCAGUUAUAAUACAGAAAAUAUUUCCAGGCCAUUUUCGAUCAAGGAAAUGACGUCAUAAUUGUUGGCCGGGGAAUUACAAAAGCGGCCGAUCCAGCGGCCGAAGCCCAAAAAUACGCCCAGGCCGGAUGGGCUGCCCUUCAGAAGAGAGAAUAG